GUAAUAUUGUUAUUUUUCAACCAAUCAAUGACGUUUAUAAAAAUAGAACGGGAAAACACCUUUUACACUGCAGAGAACACAUGGGUGUAGUGUGUUAGUAGAUCUAGUCAAGAGAAUGUUUGUGCUACGUAGACGGACACCAUGUAGAGUAUUCUAUCAUGUUUUAAAUGUAGCAAAAAUUACAAAUGUGCUGACUCCUAAUCAAACUUCCACGUCUCCAGCCAGCGUGUGUGAAUGUAACCAUAAAAAAUGCUUACCACAUGUGGUUAGCAGGGAGCUUCAGUUUUUGAGAAAAUAUGCAAAUUCUAUUCCUAAUUAUUGGUAUGGAAUGAGAACGGAUGAGAAAAUAGAAUAUGCAAAAGAAAUGUAUCAGAAAAUAUUAACAUCUUUACCGGAAAAUACACUUGUAGUAUACACUGAUGGUUCCGUGUUAGACUCUAAAGGAAGAGUGGGGCCAUGUGGUAUUGGAGCCGUCAUUUAUCAAAAGGAUAAGACGAAAGUUGCAGAGUUAUCUGUCCCUGUGUCAGCACGGGCCUCAGUUGAGCUAGCUGAAUACACUGCAAUAGAGAAAGCUCUGUCUCACAUUACUAAAAAUAUCAAUCUUAUUGACCUGGAUAAAAUUCAAUUUUUUUGUGAUAACCAAGAGGUGAUUAAAGGAUGUUUAUAUGAUACAUUUGAAGCAUACAAAGAUAUUGUUGUGAGUAUCAGACAGAAGAGAGAUUAUAUCGUGUCUCAAGGUGUAGGUGUGGCUAUAGACUGGAUCCCUUCAGAUGCUGGAGUUGAUGGGAAUGACCAUGCUGACCAGCUGGCAUUACGAGCAGCUAAAAAGGCAGCCAUUCUGCCACUAGAGUCCACACUUAUCACAGAAAGGGAUGUGCAGCGGUCAAUGAAACGAUUCAAAUCUAUUACUGGAUCUAAAGGGCGCAAGAGAGACUACAGUGAAAAUGUGAUGCUAGCCAUUUUGAUGAAGGAAAAGAAAAACCAGAAAAAGAUGGAGGUAGCAAAUGACAACAGCAACAGAAAUUCAGUCAUGCCAGAGUUGAUACCCAUGGUUGAUAUGAACGAACGCAGAGUGUUAUUUACAGGGAUGAAUCAGGAUGACCUCCAUAGAUCGGUAUCUAAAGCUGUAAUGCAUGGCUGCACCGUAGAUAAGAAACUAUCCAAUGCCACUGACUUUGUAGUUCAUGGAUCAUGUGAUGCAACUAACAAGGCAGAAAUAGAGAAGCUUGCUUAUAAACUAGGUAUACCAUACAUUAGCUGUGAAGCCUGGGAGAAAGCAUUGAGCAAGUGUUCUAAGGUCGGACUGCCUGAAUACACUACGGCUAAGGUCGGACUGCCUGAAUACACUACAGCUAAGGUUGGACUGCCUGAAUACACUACGGAAAAUCAUAAGAACACCACGUGGGGACAGAAAAGUCUGGAUGGUUCUGGUCUAGAGAAAGGGACAACAGAAAAGACAAAAAGGGCAGCAAAAGUUUUCAAGAAAAGGUGAAAUUAAAAGACGAUCGGUGAAUUAUUAUGAUAAUUGUGUGGAAUACCACAAUAUUCUCAGGAGUUCAAGAGGACAUUCAGAAUCAGGAGCAACUACAAAGGAAUUUAUUUGGACUCUUUUGAGUUGGACAAUUUAUGGGCUAUUUCCUUGGAUGGUUACACUUUUGUAUCUAGAUCUUUAUGAACCCUGCACUGAUUGUGUUGGAUGUUCUAUGGACAGAAUUUGUGGGAUAAACAUACAGUAGCAGAAUAGCUAGAAUUGAAUGAACUUGCAUGGACAGUUUGAUUAUGUAGGGUAAACAUCUAUAUAUACCCAUUGUGUACAAUGCAUGGACAGUUUGAUUAUGUAGGGUGAACAUCUAUAUAUACCCAUUGUGUACUCCCUGUACGAAAUAAUCCAGUCGGGCAGCAAAUGGAAUCUGAUCGGGUUAUCGAAAGCAAAAUCUGUACGGAUAUUUUCCUCUCUUUAUAUUCUAUCAAAAGCUAGUCGUAUUUUUGAAAAUGCUGUCGGAGAAACCAAUAUCUAGUCGGAAAUCAGGGUGGUAAUAUUUAAAUGAAUAGAGUCAGAUUUUCCUUAUAUGGAAAAUCCGUUUGUAAAAAAAAUCCAGUCAGAUUUCAAAAUCCGUGCAGGAAAACCACUUGUGAUUCCUUCAGUUGUAUCAUCUGCAUCUAGAGGUUAGAUAAAAAUCCAAUUGGAUUUUAGAAAAAUACGAUAGGGUUUUUCUGAAAACCUGAUAGGAUUUUUCUGAAAACCUCAUAGGAUUUUUCUGAAAACCCAAUAGGAUUUUUUUGAAAACUUGAUAGGAUUUUGCUGAAAACCCAAUAGGAUUUUUUUGAAAACUUGAUAGGAUUUUGAAGGUAAUUCCGAUUUGAUUUUUAUAGAAUGGAUAGGUUUUCUUGGUUUAUUAAAAAAAUAAGUUGGAGGCGUCUUCAGGAUUUCUAAUGGGCUACAAAAACACUAUGACGGUUAUUUCAUAAAGUGUCACCAUUCACUUAUUUCUCCUUUUUUUUCCUAAUUAAAAACAUUUUCAAAGUAAAUAGAAAAAAUAGGAAAACGAAUUAGUCCAAUUUCAAAAAUAUAUAUUGGUUCAAUAAUGAUUUUUUUUCCGCAUAAGCCAACAUAUUUGGUAAGUGUUUGUUCUAUAUCUCUGGCACAACAAAUCAGUCCGAUUUCAAGCAUUCAAAGACUUCUUUCUGACAUAGCUGAUCCUUUCAUUGAUGGGCUUGUUAAAGUCUUUAAGAUCUGGCACCACCAGCUGGUUCUUCCUGCAGAACGCUAUUAUGAAGUCUGGAAAAAAAGUUGUAUUGCAUUAUUAAAUUCCCCUGCUUUUCUCAAAAAUGUAUCCUAAACUUAUAUUAAAAAACGAAUAGAGUGUCAUACCAAGUAUAUGCAUCUUAAGCGCUGUAAACUAGAAUUCCACAGAAGUGAUUGUGUUGCCUGCACCCACAAAAAUUGAAUUUUUGUUAUUUCAGAAAUUUCAUGAUCACCAUUUAAAAAGCAUUAUUCUUUCAGUUUUUGGUUGGUUGGGUAUCUGCAACAUCUGAAGUCAUAUGCAAAUGGUAUUGUAUCACGAGCAUAUGAUAUGCAUUGUGUGAAACAUUAGGGCUGAAUACAUAAUUAAUGAAAAGGUUAAUUUUACAUAUUUAAUACAGAAAACAACUUAUAAUGAGAAUUCCCUUUAAGUCACAAGUGACACAAUAUAUAGAUCCUUUGAGGGUGUGAGGAAUAUUCUUAUAUUCUCACCUUUGAUGGCAGAGAGAUGAAGUUUGUCCAAGUCUGAUCGAUGAUCUCCUUCUUUUCUGCUUGCAUGUCCCUGGCCUCGUGAUUAAGCCAUCUCCCUCUCUUCAAAUAAAAGAGGCAUCAGUUUCAUUGUUAACGAGUACCAGGGCUUGCCUGCCUUCUUUGCUAACUGACAUGCAUGGCGAAGCCUCUCACCAGACACCAUGAAGCCAUACUUUUCAAGAAGUUUUACUUUCUGAAUGAAACAAGAAGAACAUGGUUAGAAACAUCAGAUAACUGCCAUAUGAUAUAAUGCAAUAUGCUUACCGUAUAUGAUUUUCAUUUAGAUGACUGCUUCUUAUUUUAAAGUUAAACAGUUAAAAAGGUUUUACAGCAGUUGUAAUGAACAAUGCCAGAGUAAGAAAUUUGGUCUUAUCUGCAGGAUGUAACAAAUUACAAAAGUCAAAUACAGAAAAAAAUACAUACAUCGUCGACACCCUUUGGACUGUCCUCAAUGUCAUGCUGUGUUUCUGAGAUUUCCGUGGCGAUUUUCUGAGAGGUGUGGAAUGUAAUGGAGCAAGUGUGGGAAGGGCUUCUGGAUACAUCUGUAACAACCAUGAAACAUAUUGCUUAUCAUUUUCUGUUUUUCAUUUUCUUGACGAACACUUAUUUUCUUGAAACAAAGGAAUGAAUGGAGUUUGAUAUGUAGAAUUUAUCUUAGAUAACAUAAAAUGAAAAAGGCAGAAAUACUUCCAUCUUCAACAAUGUUCUCAAGGUCAUGCUCUGUAUUCUGAGAUUUCUGUGGCGAUCUUCUGAGAGGUGUUGAAUGAUCCUGUAAAAAAUUGAAACACUUCAAGUACAGUGACACGUAUAUUUCAAUAACAGCUUACAGUAUUCUAGUGAACUUUACUUCUUAGCUUAUGCUAUUCUAUUCAGAUUUGAAAUAGAUACAUACAUUGGAAUUUCUGUUUCAAGAUUUAAAGCAAAUUCUUACCAUCACUGAAGUGCUGUUAGAAGAAUGCAGAUUUGGAGGCACUGGAGCAAGUGUGGGAAGGGCUUCUGUAUACAUCUGUAACAACCAUGAAAAAUGUUAUCAUUGUCCAAUCUUUCUUAAGACACACUUAUUUUCUUUAAAAAAAUAUUUAUAAAACACAAGGUACCAGUUAUAUUGUAAAUACAUAUCACAAACAGCUUUGUCAGCAUGACGUUUCCACUAACAUGAUAUAUAACUCUUUGGAAGUUAAUCAGGCCGAAGAUGGCAACUAUGGCACUACAAAAAAAGUAGAUCCCACCCACCAUAACAAAAAAUAAACUCCAGGACAUUUUUAAAGAUCACCUCAGAACCAGUUUUGACAAGUUUCAUUGAAAUAUCACAGUUAGUGCUCUCUUUUCAAUAUAUGCCAUGUAGCCAUCUUUGAUUUCCAACAGUCUCAAAAAAUUUUUAACACUUUGUCUUCCUUUCUACUACACUCUUGCAAAGUUUAAGCUCAUUUGAACCAGAAGAAUUAAAGAAGCAGGAAAUGAGAAAAUUUAUUUAAAGUCAUUUAGAUGAAAAAAUCACUUACUUCUUUAUCCUGAGAGUCUAAAUUGACAUAACUUGGGUUUCUAUGCGUGAAGUGUUGAGAAUCUCCCUGCAAUGCAAUAAUAACUGAAGUAAAUCUUGUCUUCUCUUCAUUAGAAAAGCUAUCAAAACAUCAAUAUUCAUAUUACCUAGUUUAGUACAUGUACAUCACUUUUGAUAGAAUUUUUCUUUUAUUUAUGUUUUCUUUUAUUUACCAGUAAUUAUAACUUAAAACAACCAUCAAAAUAACCAAUAAGUCAAUAAUUAUUGACAAGCAUACAUUAAAGAAGGUUUUUGCUUCCAGUAUACUAAACUGGAUAAUGAAACACUCAUGAUGGGAAACCGAAUAUUACUUAUCGUUUUUAAUGAAUUAUUAAAAAUCAGAAAGAUAGAGUAUUAAUUAUGUUAGAAAUGCAACAUACCAUACUGUAAUUGAAAUCUGCCUGGUUAAAGUAGCUAGUCUGUGCUUGUGCCUCACUUCCUAUUGCAAAUGAAGGUGUGUUCAUCCUGUUUGAGUAGGAACCCCAGUCUGUACGUUUCCAGGGAACAAAUGUUUGGCCUUGAGCGACAGGUGCAGUCUACAAUUUUUAAAAAUAUUCUAAAUUAUUUUGAGUAUAGCAAUCAGUGAAAUUCAUGCUUAUCACUUUUGGAUAGAUUUAAUGAUGUGAAGCUAAAACUUUUCUAAAAUAAUGAUAAUCAUAAUAAUAUUUUGAGAGAAAUCAAGACAUUUUCAUAAUUUUAUAAUACCAGGUAUGUUCAAAGUUUCAACUCUGCACCAAUAACGGAGAGUAACAAAAUUAAAGUUAGAAUUACAUAGAAAAGAACAACUAUGACUUGUUUAUGUACACAUGAUAUUAAUUCUAAUCACUCUGACAUAUAUAGCAUAUACUCCUUAGUAAAUUUUGAAUACGUAGUUGAGGCUUUAAAUGCAAGACAUAGUUUGAGAGUACAGUUUCAACUGAAAAUGUCAUGCCCAGGUACUUAAUUACUUCAAAGCAAUUAGCCAUGUUGGAAUGGUGACAUGUUGACUUUUUGAAAUGGUUUAAACAUUUCUUCAACCAAUCUAUGGUAGCUGGAUCAGUUACAAUCUCCAACAUAUUAAUCAUGCGAUGGAAUUGUAAUUAAUAUAAAUUUGUUAAAAUUCUUUCUCAAUGUCAAUGUGGUUACUUAAGCUAUAGGUUUGGUGUUUAAUGACUUGUAUUUAUAUACAAUGGUAUUAUCACAAGGCAUCUCAAUACUGUAUUACACCGAAGUUAUGUUAACAUGUAAGAGUGUUCAUUUAAAAUACAAAUUCAUGUUGUCUGUACGAUUAUGAUUAGUACUGUGGUAUUUUGAAAUUUAAUUCCAACAUUUACAUACCUGCAUGGUACCUUGUUCAGUGUAUCUUCCUGUGGUACACCCGGCAUGUCAUUACUCAAUCCUUGUACUAUGGUCCAUGUGGAGGAUAGGUCGGUGUUACAGUAGAAGGAAUUAAAAUCUGCUACAUUUUCUCUUUCUCCUGUUACAUAAGUAUCGCUUUGUACAUCCUGCAUGUUGGAAAAUUGAUCCCGAUUGUCUGUUGGACUGUCAUCUUUACGAAACUUUGUCUGUUGGACUGUCAUCUUUACGAAACUUUGUCUGUUGGACUGUCAUCUUUACGAAACUUUCCCUACAAAGGCUGUAUCUCUAGAUCUGUAGCCUUCCUAAUUUCGCUAAUUAUUUCUUGUGAUGUCCUAUUAGAGGCUGCUUCUUCUAACCUCUUUGUCGUCACUUUACCUGCUUUGCCUUUAGGCUUUUUGAGGGGUGGUACUUCCGAUUCUUCUAUGUCGGCAUCUGUGGUAUUUUUUUGUUUUCUCACCCUUUUGUUGACAGUUUCAACCAUGUCGUUAGGAUGAAAAUCAAACAGUUCUUGGGGAACCGUCGUUGGUACCUCAGACAGCUUCUUCAGUACAUUUUUAUUCGCCUUUUGGGCGAAGUCAUCCAACAGGAUCCUGGAUCAAUUCAAGGUCUAUGGACCCAUUUUUUAUGAAGGAUAAACAACCUAGCGUUCGUUAGACACAUUAUAAUAUGGUGUUUCAGUUAUUGUCCACUUAGUUUGAUAUUGUCCUGUUAAAAUGAUUAACUUUCAUAAUAUGUUUUUCAUCACUUUCUUAUGGUUUUAUAUUCUUGCCAGGUUCAUGGAUGAGAGGAGAGGAUUAAAAUCAGAUUGACAAAUGAAUCACAGGUGUUUCCUUACUUCAGGCAAGGUUCUGUAACACACUAGGAUCAUUUUAUGUGUUGUAUAUCUAGUUUCAGGUACAACAACCACUUUAUUCAGGGGUAACUAUGUAAUAUUUAAGCCAACACCGUCUUGAAACUUGGGACAUGUUUGGUAUGGUGUCAAGGUGAACAUACCAAAUUUAGAGCCUGCAUGAUCAAAUGCAACUUCGCUAGCCAAGGGUGUUCAAAUAGGAGAGUACCGUAUUGAACACCCUUGGCUAGCGAAGUUGGAUCAAAUGUUGCCAUUUGAAUGUUGACAUGUUUUCUUGUCUAACUUUGCUCUUCUAGUCCAUGUAUUGAAUAGAAUUAUUACUUAGUUAACAUUUUGAAAAACAGCUGAACGGAUUAUUGAACAUAUUACUAGAAAAGGGAGAUGAGAAAUUAUCAAUGAUGGAGGCCAAGUUCCAUGUGUGAUCUGUUAUUGUAUUUGAACUACUGUACACAGUAAUUUAUGUAACAGGUGAAUAAAUGCUAUUGAAUGACAAAGACGCUGGGUGCAUUCUUCAACAUAUUUAUUGUAUCAAGGAGAUUAAAAACAUUCUGAAACAUACAAUAAGAGAUCUUAAGCCCUAGAUCUACAUGUAACUCUCACAUCAAAAACUCACUCUCUCUAUAGACAAAUUACUGUCUAUUAAUAUCUUAUUAAUAUAAGCGAAAUGAUAUGGUUUCAUUUUACCCUCAUUUACAUGAAUAGAUGGAUCAGAUCAAAUCAAAAUAUAAAAUUUAGACAUGAUAUUUCCAGUAAAAAUAACAACACACUUACAACAUGUAUCGUGUGUUGACGGAGGCACACGGGUAACAUUCUACAGGUCAAAGUACUAGUACAAAACAUCUUAAAUUAUGUCAUGUAUAUCGCAGUAAAUAUUUAACACUUGUUUGACUGAUAAGAUUCAUACUUUAUGGCAGCCUUACUGUCUUGUCAGAACAGUAUACACAUAUACCAACAUAUAAGUGUGUAUUAUUAAACAAAUCAUUAAAACAUCAUUUCUAAUUUGGUCACACAACCUAAUCAAUCACACGGAGAAAUACUUAAACACAAAUUCAAAACUGUCUCACUUAUUAUAACCGUCAGAACUGUCACAUGUCCAGUCUGUUGGUGACCACUAAAACACACUUAUACACAUACCCUCACAUACAUAUAUAUUACACAGACAAAGGAAUGUGCACACCCUUAAAUUUAACUCACGCCCACAGGUAAAAUGUAGUAUGAUAGCCUUACUGUUAUAAUACCAUGGACACAACACAAACCAUACUUAAAUAAUUAACCAAACUAUUUACAACAUACCUGUAUACAUAUUUAUUUUAUAUACAUAUAAUUCAUUAUUGUAUAUGACCCAAUUAUACACUAAUGUAAUA